UCGGACGCCCCACGGGACUCGUCUGGCCGAACCCUCGUCUUCCCACAGACAGAGCGCACGGCCCUCGAACAGUACACCUGCCGGCGGUCCCAACUCAGCGGGAAAAGUGGACAUGAGGUUGGCAGGUGCCCUUCGCAUUGUGGCCCUCAUGGUCAGUGUGGGUCUCACCUGGAUAGUAGUCAGCAUCCUCCUGCGGGGGCCUGGCAGUGGCUUUUCUCGUAUCCACCGACUCUUCACCAGCCCAGAGAGCUCAGUGACUGCAGAACCUCGGACCAGGAAGUACAAGUGUGGCCUGCCCCAGCCGUGUCCUGAGGAGCACCUGGCUUUCCGCAUGGUCAGCGGAGCUGCCAACGUCAUUGGGCCAAAGAUCUGCCUUGAGGACAAGAUGCUCAUGAGCAGCGUCAAGGACAACGUGGGCCGCGGGUUGAACAUCGCCCUGGUGAAUGGGGUCAGCGGUGAGCUCAUUGAGGCCCGGGCCUUUGACAUGUGGGCCGGAGAUGUCAAUGACCUGUUGAAGUUCAUCCGGCCGCUGCAUGAGGGCACUCUGGUGUUCGUGGCAUCCUACGAUGACCCAGCCACCAAGAUGAACGAAGAGACCAGGAAGCUCUUCAGCGAACUGGGCAGAAGGAGCUGGCUUUCCGAGACAGCUGGGUGUUUGUAGGGGCCAAGGGCGUGCAGAACAAGAGCCCCUUUGAGCAGGUCGAAGCGAACUCGAGGACGACCGAGGAUCCCACAGAAGCCUCAAAGGUAGGAACCCAGCCAGGAGGAGGUGCACCCGGCCCUUUCUAGUUGCUACUCCGGAAGCAGCCGGUCCCAUGCGCCUGCGCACUCGUUCGCCCCGAAAAC